UUGGCGACAAUGCAAAAAAUCAAAUUUGUUUGACUUGUGUUGUUGACGUUUCCAACAAGAUGGCAGAGCCCGUGAGUUUAUUGUUGUUUAAUUUCAACUAGCCCGUGUCAGAGAAUUAUGACAUGCACUUACGAUAUAAAAUUGUAACUUUGUAAAAAUUAAGUGGUUCUGUAAAUGGUUACUGAAAUUGUGCUGGACAGAAGAUCAGUGAGUUGGUUAUUGCCCAUUGUUGAGGCGGGAAACAGGUUCAACACUUAUAUUCGUAUGAAUUUUUAGGAUUUAUUACGAAAUAAUGUCGAAGGAGUUUUUGUUCGAUGUUCUAGAAAAAUUUGCACAAGUUACUUCAAUUAUUGUAGAAACAUCUAAGAUUAAGGACGACUUAGAUAAGAAUUUGUUAGAUGAACAUUUAAAGGAUAUUUUAGAACGAACUAAAGCACAAGUUGAAAAUUUAUUUGAGCAUGCCACAUCCGUUAAAGAAUUUUUUGAUAAACAUGAAAAGCAAGAGAAGUCGGCUGAUAGUAACACAAAUGUUGGUGCAAAUUCGUCAGAAGACAGCGAUACCUUAAAUUCUGGUGUUACCACAAACAAAGACAUAAAAUCUGAAAAUGAAGAGAUUAACAGCACAGAGGUACAAAAUCCAAAGCCUCUCAUUAAGUUGGUUGAUAUAAAAAAGCUAGUGGAACCAAGAACACUGAUAAAACAAGAUUCAAGAAAACAUACAAAGAAUAUUGAACUAGCAGAAACUGUUGUUAUUUCGUCGAGCUCAGAAGAUGAACGAGCGACACAUAAAACAACAAAAACUAAAACUACGGUGUCUAAAAGUGGUAUUCGUGCUUCUGCAAAUUCUCACAUUUCUAGUACCCACUCACGAAGCGCCGCAAACGUGCAAAGCACUAGAAGUCCUAGGGGAAUAAGAAGAAAAGCAGCUGAAGAAACAAUUAAGAAAAACAAAAUAUCGUUGCAAGUACAUAGUAGUUCUGACUCAGACUCGAGUGAAGAUGAGGUACUUCUUUCAAAAUCCCAUCGUAUUAAAAAUGGCAAUACCAAAAAAGCAACUGAAUUAGAGAAAGUCACAUUAUCAGAUACAUCAGACAACUCUUCAGAUAUUAGUUCAGUGGCAUCAUCCCGUCAUAAAAAAGAUAAACAAAAGAAAGAUAAGAACGUCACGACGCAGAACACCUCAGUGGCAGAUUGGAAGAAAGAUCCAAAGUUCAAUUUUAAUUGUUAUGUUAAAAUUGUCAGGGUACCAUGUGAAAAAUUAAAGGAAUAUUAUUUAGAAAAAUUGGACUUGCUGCAGAUAAAUAAAAUGCGUGAUUUAACCGCUUUAAAGAAAAAGAGGCGAAGAUCACAUUCUGCACAUUCAUCAGGUAAUGAUAGUAAAAGUGAGAAAAGACCAAAACGCAAACACAUUUCAAAACCUGUUCAUAAAGAAGACACAGAUAAAAGUGACUCAGAUGAUAAUGUAGCAAACCUUGAAGCAGGUAAUGAUAAAGGCGCAAGUCCUGCGCCUGAGCCUGAUAUAAGUUCUAAUUUGGCACAGUCUAAACUUGUGGAAGAUAUGGCAGAAGAUGCUUUGAACCUAUUAAAUUCAGAUAAAGAAGAUGACAAAGAAGAAGAAAAUGCGACCGCGGCAUCUGAUAAAGAGACUCCGUUAGAUGCAAGUAAAGAAAGUGACAAAGAAAAAGAGACACCUGACACAUCUAAUAAAGAAAAAGAGAAUGAAAAGGAAAAACAGGAUGUGCCAGAAAAGGAUUCUGAUAAAGAAAUAGUUAAACCAAAUAGUGAGAAUGUACCUAAUGAAGAAGGUGAUAAAGAAACGGCAGAGGAGCAGCUUCCAUUAACAUCUAAUGAAACUAGUGAAGAACUGGCAACCCCUGAAAAAAAAGGUGAUGAAGAAAAUGAUAAGGAUAAGGACAAAGACAAUAAAUGUGAUGAUGCUAAAAAUUCUACAAGUGAUAAAAAUGAGGAUCAGUCAGAAAAAGAAGCAGAUGAAAAAGACGCCGCUUUAAAUAGUGAAGAAGAAAAAGAAAAUCGAGAAAAAAGUAAGGCAAAAAAAGCGUGGAAAAAAGAUAAACUUCUUACAACAAAGCUGUCAAGUAGUGAUUCUGAGGCAGAAGCAGAGAAAGUUAAAAAGAAAAAAGAAAAAAUGCAGGAAGAAGGAACCAGUGAUGAUGAACCAAAGCUACCUAAGGAUAAAAAGAAAAGUCUUAAAAAGAGACGUAAGAAAAAAGCGAUUCUAUCCGAUUCUGAUUCUGACAACAAAAAAGACAGCGCCGACGACUUUCAACCAGAAUCUAGUAGUUCAUCAGAAUCAGAGAAAGAAGAAAAGGAGAAAGAACCUGAAAAACCAAAAUCCCGUAAACGAGUGAAGCGCGUCCGCGACAGCAGCGAAGACGACGAAGAAAAAUCAACAAGAAAGCAAAUCAGAAACAUUUGGGGAAGAGAUUCCCUUGCUGAAACCACAAAACAAGCUGAAGCCGAAGAGAAAGAACGAAAAGCUCGCAUCGCCGAAAAACAGAAAAAGUACAACCUAGUGUAUGAAGGCAACUCCCAGAAAAACGCCACAGUUGACAAAGUAGUGUUAGAUUUUGACGAAAAGAACAACGUAGAAUUGUUGAAAGUUGAUGAUCAAUUGGUAACUAAACUGAAGCCGCAUCAAGCCAGCGGUGUACAGUUUAUGUGGGAUGCAUGUUUUGAGUCGCUGGAACGUGCAAAAUCCACUACGGGCUCCGGAUGCAUUUUGGCCCAUUGCAUGGGUUUAGGAAAAACUUUACAGGUCAUUACAUUAGCUCAUACUUUGUUAAUCAACAAUGAAGAGACAAAAGUGAAGAAAGUUUUAGUUGUUAGCCCUUUAAAUACCGUAUUAAAUUGGGUGAACGAAUUCAAACAGUGGUUGCCCGACAAUGACGAUUUUGAAAUAUUUGAGCUGGUAUCGUUCAAACAAAAUUAUGAACGACAGUAUCAAAUCAAAACGUGGCACAAUUGUGGGGGAGUAUUGAUUAUAGGAUAUGAUAUGUUUAGGAACUUGAGCAAUCCAGACAACAAACGGUUGAGCAAGAAGAUGAGAAGUGCGUUUCAGGAAGCGCUGGUUGAUCCAGGUCCUGAUUUGGUGAUCUGCGACGAGGGUCACCUCUUAAAGAACGAAAAAACCAAUCUGAGCAUCGCUAUGAAUCGUAUAAAAACGUUAAGAAGAAUUGUAUUAACAGGCACCCCUUUACAGAAUAAUCUCAAAGAGUAUUUUUGCAUGGUGCAGUUUAUUAAGCCAAAUCUCCUGGGAACAUACAAGGAGUACCUAAAUCGUUUCGUAAAUCCGAUUACUAAUGGUCAGUACACAGAUUCGACGCCUCAAGACUUACAAAUUAUGAGAAAAAGAUCUCACGUUCUUCACAAAAUGCUGGACGGUGUAGUACAAAGAAGAGACUACUCUGUUUUGGAACCAUAUUUGCCUCCUAAGUUUGAAUACGUUAUAUUCUUAAAACUCUCUGAAACUCAGAUUAAGUUAUAUCAACAUUACAUGAAUCAUUUUGCUAAAAGAAACAUCGACGGGUCAAAUCGGACGUCAUUUUUAUUUGUAGAUUUUCAAGCCUUGCAGAGGAUAUGUGCUCAUCCACGAGUGCUUCUAGAUAAGAGUAUUGAGAUGAAGUUGGCCAAGGAAAGAAUGGACGAUUCCGAGGAAUCAGAAGGUUCUUUAAAAGAUUUUAUAAACGAUGAAGACGAAGACUCUACGUCUUCGUCAUCGAACUCUGGCUCGGAUAGUGAGAACGAAGGAAAAAAGGAGACAGGUCCUCGUAAGCGCCUAACAAGAGCUGCUGCGGCUUUAGCCAAAGAGAACGGCGAAGAAGUCGAAGAUGUGAUAACAGUUGAAGAUCCACAAGAUAAAGAAUGGUGGCAAGAAUACUGUGAUGGCGAUCAACUCGAUGUUAUAAUCCACAGUUCAAAAUUGUUCAUGUUAUUUGAAAUUUUAAAAGAAUGCGAACAAAUCGGCGAUAAAGUGCUCGUAUUUUCUCAGUCGCUAUAUUCUCUAAAUGUUAUUGAGUAUUUUCUGGAAAAAAUCCACGAUGCAACACAGAAUGGGGACACCGAGUCCGUUGGAGGUUACACUGGCUCAUGGUGCCUUGGACUGGAUUAUUUUCGUUUAGAUGGAUCGUCUUCAUGUGAUAGUCGAAACACAUGGUGCAAAACAUUUAACGAACCAUCCAAUACUCGGGCAAGGUUAUUUUUGAUCUCUACAAAGGCGGGUGGUCUAGGAAUUAAUCUCGUCGCAGCUAACAGAGUUAUUAUCUUUGAUGUUUCAUGGAAUCCAUCUCACGAUAUCCAGAGCAUAUAUCGAGUAUAUCGCUUUGGACAAGAGAAACCAUCUUACAUUUACAGAUUUGUCACCUUGGGUACAAUGGAAAUGAAAAUUUACGAGCGUCAGGUUACAAAGCAAGCCAUUUCCAAACGUGUUAUUGACGAACAACAAAUUGACCGCCACUACAACCAAAAUGAUCUCGCGGAAUUGUACAAAUUUGAACCAAAUCCGGGUGAACGUCCCAUUCCGUUAGUACCAAAAGAUGUUCUCCUGGGAGAACUUCUCCAGAAAUUUGAAGACAGGAUAUACAAAUAUCACGAACAUCAGUCGCUUCUUGAAAACAAAGCAGAGGAGUGUUUGAACGAAGAAGAACGUAAAGCCGCAUGGGAAGAAUUUGAAAACGAAAAGAAGCAAAGGACAAAUUAUGUCAAUUCGGCAGGUCUGUUAGACAUUGAGGCAUUCCUGGGUUCGAAUUAUGUGAGGGUAAGUAAUAUGGAAUUGGCGCUUACCAGUAUAGUACGACGGGAAAAUCCAAGCUGGACAGAAGUACAAAUAAGGGCAAUGUUGCCAACUCUCCACGCUCAAAUGCAGGAGCAAGUGGCAAGAGGCGAUCUAUCUUUGUAUAAACGAGUCCAACAAGAAAUUCAGUUAUUACAAGCGCUACAAACUCAAAGAGUCAAAGACCAGUUCUACCAACAGCAAAUGCUAAGAGCACUGCAACAGCGAUCUGUAAACUAUACAGGGUGGGUGAAUCAGUUUAUGAAUCAGACUCAAAUGCCUGGCACAAGUCGUACCCACCCUGCACCCAGUGGUAUAAAUACAGGUGACGUUAUAGACUUAAAUGAUUGAUUUUAGAAACUAUAGGUUUUAUUUAUACAUUAUUUGUAAGAACUUCGUCCUUGUACUACUAGUAAUUGAGUAAGUUAAAUUUUUUGUUGAUCUGAAUUUGGAAAACGAUUUUUGUACAUACCUUUCUCACAGUCAGUAGUAUAAGUGAUUGUGUUAAUUUUUAAAUUAUCAAUUUCUAAAAAAUAAAGCCAAAUUUCUAUAUUA